ACUCCAUAGCGUUUCCCCGCCCCCUUUCUUACGGUUGCUUCUGCGAAGGUGCGGGGUUUCUUCAGGAACAUGGCCGACGUGUCGUUGGAUGAACUGAUCAGGAAAAGAGGGAUGGCGGUGGGAAUGGGCACGUUCAGCCGGGUGAAUAAUAGAGGGGCUAUGGGAGGUAUGAGAUCCAGGAUCCAACCUACAACAGUCAGUCGUGUACCGACCCCCAAUUUCCAGAGAACGUUUGAUGCUCGUCAGAAAAUAGGCGUUACAGAUGCCCGAUUAAAGCUAGGGAUAAAAGAUGCCCGGGAGAAAUUGGUUGCAAAAGAUGCCCGUUUCCGUAUAAAGGGUAAAGUGCAAGAUGCUCGUGAGAUGCUGAAUUCUAGAAAGCAGCAAGUUGUUGGAGGAAACUCUACCAAAGUGAUGGAUGCUCGGGAAAAGCUAAGUCUGAAGAGGCGUGCGCCGGCCAUUACUAUGAACUCGCCUCUGGCACAGGGUUCCUCAGCCAUGAACAUUACCAAGACCAUCCAGGUUUCACAGCCAAAGUUAAUGUCCUCAGGUCUAACGGACACAGUUAAAGGAAUGCGAAUAAAUGUUGUCAACCACCAACUUGGGAAACAGGUCUCCUCUCCACAAGAUGUAGAUGAUGAUGGUAUGGAUGAUGAGCUGGAACUUUCCCACGUCCCCACAAAACAGAUGAAGAUCACAGCUGCCAGCCCUGUGCAGAAAAGGCCAGGAAUAUCUGGAAACUCAUUCUCACUUGGGCAAACAUUACCUCUCACUAAAGUGGUACAGAAUGAUGCAUACACAGCUCCGAUGGCUGCACAGUCCGCCUCUGCAGCACCUUUACUGCACACUAAGACGCUAACCAAUGUGUCUCGUAUACUUGUCACAAAGGAGGCUAAUUCUUCAGUACAGCCAACUUCAACAGAGUCUGUUUUCAGCCCUUUAGAAGGCACCAAAAUGACCGUUAAUAAUUUGCACCCAAGAGUCUCAGAGGAAGAUAUUGUGGAGCUUUUCUGUGUAUGUGGAGCCUUGAAACGUGCCCGCUUGCUGAGCCCAGGAGUUGCAGAAGUUGUGUUUGUGAGAAAGGAAGAUGCAGUCGGUGCCUACAAAAAAUAUAACAACCGAUACCUAGAUGGACAACCAAUGAAAUGCAAUCUUCAUUUGAAUGGCAAUGUGAUUACAUCAGACCAGCCCAUCCUUUUAAGAUUAAGUGACACACCCUCAACAACAAAGAAGGAAGGGGAAUCUAGAAGAAAUGCCACAUCGUCCUCCAGUGCUGCUUCUAAUCCUUCAGCUGAAGUUGACCCUGAUACUAUCCUAAAAGCACUCUUCAAAUCCUCAGGGUCAACAGCAAUUGUCCAGCCAACUGCAUUCAAGAUUAAGCUCUGAAACCAAUGCAUAUUGGAAACCGUAAUGGCAGACAUUUCAGAGAAUACUCUGACCAGUUCUUGGAUGUGCCCAGAGAUUGUAGAACAAAGACUUUAUUUUGCUUCCUGAGGUUUUGUUUAGCGCUGAUCACCAGCAGGUAGUUAUUGUUGGAAGGAUUCUGGUAGAAAUUGGACAAUCAUUCCUCUUCCCAGUAUUGUAGUACAGUCUGUGGGGGCAGUUGCAUAAAAAAUUUCAGUUUUCCCUUUGUCCUAGUAUUCUGAUACAGCACGAUUCUGGUUCUACUGUUUCUGUUAUGGGAAACUAAAUGUACAGUAAGCUGCAUAACUUGUUUGAAAUUCUUCAAUCUGUUUUUACUUCUUAAAAGGAAAUCUGUU